AUGCGGACCACCCACCGACGCUCCCUCACCAACGAGGUCGCGUUUGAAUCUCUUCCACCAGCACUGCGCCGAAAAUAUUUUAGCAGCUUAGAACGUCUCAGAUUAGCACAAGAUGGCAGCAGCCCCCCGCAUCCUCGUCGUCCUCGUCCAUCCAUCCUCCAGCCGAAAAGCACUGGGACGGUCGCAGAUUCCUCAGACAAUUCAACCAUCCUAACCGCCGGCAUCCGACAGCCUUCGCUGCUGCUCCCGGGAAACAGACUCCGCAAGAGACGAGCCUCCUCGCACAACAACCAAGCUGCUCCUUCGACGGUUGCGUGGUUUGCCUCCUUGCCUCCUGCGGUCCAGAGAAGGCUCUUCUCGAAGGAAGAGUGCUCGUUUUAUACACUGGGGAGAAACACCAUAAUUCUGGACGCCGCCGACGAACUCCUUCGUCGGCGCAGUUCUCAUACCAAACAGUCGGCUGCUUUCGAACCACGCAGCUCUGACGACGAGACUGUCGUGGAUUUGGAAGACCGCAAGGACGAGGAGCGGGCAGACUCUGCCAUCGACAUGCGUAACUAUUUCGCCGACGGGUUUCGCUGGUUGGAUGACGAAGCAGAGCUCGAUCUCAAAUUGGACGAUUAUCAUGAAGCCAUUGCCGAGACAGCGCGGAGGACGGCGUCACUGUCGGAACCCGUGAGACAUCCUUUCAGACGGAACCCAUCACUCUCAAGCCUUUCCGUUCGACCAGGCCGGAACUCAACGUCCUCUCCGCGUAGUCAGGUUGAACCUUCGAGUGCACCGGCGUUGCCGACGAAACCCAUUCACUCUUCGUCAUCUACCUUCUCGCUCAGACACUUGCGGUCCCAAGCAAGUUUAUCAUCCAUCGAUCCCCGUGCCACCCACUACCAAGAUCCCUCCGCUCGAAUGAAGCUGAGGCUGUACCUGGCUUCUCCGCAGAAGUUCGACGAGGCCAUCGAGUUCGGUUUCCCUUCCGUCGGACAGAAAACACAGCAAUUCGAUCAUACAAGACCAAUGACUAGCCCCCAACCAACGCCCGAAGUGAAUCGGACGUUCUUCCGCGAUGAUACGCCGUCGUUGUCCGGAGAUGAUGAUGAUGAUGUGGAUGAGCCUGACACUCUUUACGACCCCAGAACUCCGGAGGACGCUGAUUUUCAUAUGCACCGCCCAUCCACGAGGCCUAGUAUGGACGGAAGCACUGGACUAAGGUCGCCCACCACGAGAAGGCAUCCAGAGGUAUACGCACGUGGCGUCACCGCAGAUCGGGAAAUGACGCUACAUAUGACAUUGACCCGACCCGACCUACGGACACCAGAGUCACAACCGAUCUACAAGAAGAGCAUCAAUGAGCUGCCUCUUGAGCGACCUGAACUGGUAUUGGAUGGCCAGGGUAUCACGAUCUGGGACACAUUACCCCCCGAGGAAUCGAGGAUGAAGAGAUUUCUACGGAAGUUGAGGCUGAAGUAA